AGCUGCGCGUCGCCAUGUCAAUCGCAUGUGCGUUGCCUCUAAAAAACCGUUGAUCGAAUCGGGUACUGCAGGUUACCUUGGACAAGUAGAACCGCUCCUCCCCAUCCCGCCACACGAAGGGAAUCUUGAUAAAAAUAAUUGUGUGAAAGUGCAGCUGCAGACUGCUUGCUAUGAAUGCCAAUCUCGCGCCGCCGAUCAGCGCACUUAUCCUGCUUGUACGAUCCGAAACACGCCAUCUGAACCCAUUCAUUGUGUUAUUUGGGCCAAGUACUUGUUCAACCAGUUGUUUGGUGAACCAGAUGUCAGCGAUGAGGAUGUUUCUCCCGACCUGAAUGAUCCCGAAUUAAAACUUACUUCCUCGGAUGUUACCAGCUUUACUCAUUCGCUCAACAACUCUGAAUCCGUCAGCGGACUCAGUUCAACAACACUGCGGGACUGGUUCCAGAAACUGUGGAAAAUGAACGCUUCUGGUGAUCAUUCUCCCCCGCUUCAUGUGGCUGCACGUUCUCUUGUCUGGCGCCUCUUUCACGAUGAUAUCUCAACGUUGACCAGCAUGCGGGAUUUGUGGGUCGAUCGCCAGGAUCGCCGCGAACCGAGUGUUUUGCGCGCCUCUGCAUUAGAUGAAGCUGUUUCAAGUAAGGCAGCAUCCCAACCAACCCUCUCUGCCAGUACAUGUGAGCUUCGGGAUCAAUGUACUUUGUCCUUAACCGGCUGGUUACGCUUGUUCAUGGACAGUGUGCUUGCUCUACAAAACCGAUUCAUUUCUGGUUCUUGCAAGGCGCUGACAUGGGAUAAAGAUGACGCGGAGGCCAUGGAUUUCGUUGCCAGUGCAUCCAUCAUCCGUAGUAUGCUGUUUCACUUGCCUGGAGCCGAUAAACUCACUCGAUUUAUCAUCAAGUCUUUGGCCGGGAAUAUCAUUCCAGCCAUCGCAACUACGAACGCCAUUGUUGCUGGCCUCAUGGUUCUUCAGGCAAGACAAAUUGUUCUGGGAAAUUCCCAUAACAUCAAAACUCUCUAUCUUCACAGACAAUCAACUGGACGAGCCGGCAAUAGGCGUGUGGUGGUCCCGUGCCAACCUCCUCAUCCGAACCCCCACUGCUUAGUAUGCAGUGCCAAAGCCACCAAGUCAAUGCUUGGUUUCCACUGCUGUCCGUCUCGUCUAACUUUGCGGACACUACGUGACCAAAUCCUCAUUCGACAUUUGGGAAUGUUAGCUCCCGAUGUAGAACUUGAAGACAGAAACAUCAUACUGAUUUCAAGUGAGGACGGCGAAACCGAUGAAGCUACAUUGAAUAAAACUCUUACGGAGUUCAACGUAACGCACGGCUCCCGAUUGCGUUGCGAUGAUUUUCUUCAAGACUUCACUGUUUCUCUCGUUGUGUCGACCGUGACGCCUGCUACGCUUGCUUCCUCCGAUCACUCCGAUUCACAAGAAACGACAGAGACCACCUGGCAGUUAGUCGGAGACAUGCAAGCUGCACGGGCCGAGGUGAAUUCCAAUAAAGAAAUCAGCACCAAACUACGAGUUCCCAAUGGCACUAUCGAACCUGUGGUUUCCUCCGAUGAAGCAGUCAACACACGUUCCUCCAAGCGGACUUCGCACACAGAAGAGGACGCGGAUCUGCAACCGACAGUGCACAAACGAGCCCGCAUGGACUCUGUCGGUUCUAACACCGAUGAAUGUGUCGAAAUAGACGAAGAUGAUGAUCUCAUACUUUUGGAAUGAUUCGUUCCAUCAGUUGCAGUCCAGCGGCGAUUGCGCCUCCGCUUUUUUACCUCACUGUUUAUCCAAAGAUUAUCGUAUCGAAAAUAAAGAUGUGCUCUCAACCCAACACUUGUUUUCUGUCAUGUCUUUUGUCCCUAUCUGUUGAACCUUGUAUUCCGUUCGCGUUUUUGUGAGGGUUUUUGUUACUCGUUUAGUC